AUGAUCUGCUUGGGCGACGCGAGCUCGCAGGGCGGGCGGCUGACGCUGACGCCGGACUCGAGGCAGGUCGACAUCCUGACCUUCAGACGAGCGCGAGGCAUGGCGCUGUACGCCGAGGGGCUGCGCAUGGUCGACCCGGGAACCCGGCAGUCGGGCUCGUUCACCACGAGCUUUACCUUCCGGGUAACGCCGGUGGGCACCAAGUUCGGCAACGGCGGCGACGGGCUGGCCUUCGUGGCCAUCGCCAGCCGGGACUGGAUCGGGUCGCCGGGGGCGUUUCUCGGCGUGUACAACGGGUCGACGGACGUGGGGCAGCAGGGCCCGAAGACGCUGGCCGUCGAGUUCGACACCUUCAAGAACGCCGACUACGACGACCCCAAUGGCAACCACGUCGGUGUCGACCUCGAGACCGUGCACUCCAAGGUGGUGGCCAACGCGUACGACGUUGGCGUCGACUUCCGCGACGGCCAGCCCACUUACGCCUGGAUCGACUACAACGGCACCACGCAUGACCUCGAUGUGCGCAUCGCCAACUCCUCGGCGCGCCCGCAAGAGGCCUUACUGCAGUUCCCGCUGGACGUCUACGACGUGUUCGCCGAGACGAUGUGGGUCGGGUUCUCGGCCGCCAAUGGCUGGGGCGUCAGCCUGUACACCGUCAAGGACUGGGUGUUCACCAGCUACGGGCUGCCGACCGGGACACUGUCCGCGCCGCCCCCCCGCGCUCCCGGCCCGGAGCGGCACCGCGACCGGCCGGUGGACCGGGGGGUGCGGAACCUGAUCGACUUUCUGGGCCUGUCGAUCGGAAUUCCGUGCGUGCUGAUUCUGAGCGCGCUGGCGCUCUGGAGCGCCUGCAAGGGCCGGACGGCGUUCCGCAAAAGGUCUGCGGCGCGGUUUGCGGCGGAGCAGGAGAGCGUGUGGGAGAUGGGCUCGCUGGCCAACACGUUCAGCUACAAGCAGCUCAGCGCGGCCACGAACGCCUUCAGCGAGAAGUCGAAGCUGGGCCAGGGCGGAUUUGGCAGCGUGUACCGGGGUGUGCUGGCGGCCACGGGGGAGGCCGUGGCCAUCAAGCGCGUGGCCGAGAACUCGAAGCAGGGCGAGCGCGAGUUCAUGUCCGAGGUGUCCAUCAUCACGCAGAUCCGCCACCGCAACAUCGUCCAGCUGCUCGGCUGGUGCCGCAACGACGGAAAGUUCCUGCUCGUGUACGAGCUCAUGCCGAACGGGAGCCUGGACAAGGCGCUCUUCGAGGUCCGCGACGGUGACGAGGCCUCGCCGGCGCUGUCGUGGGCGCAGCGGUUCAAGAUCGUCCACGGGCUGGCGGCCGCGCUGGACUACCUGCACGAGGGGUGGAUCCAGCAGGUCAUCCACCGCGACGUGAAGUCCAGCAACAUCAUGCUGGACCGCGAGUUCAACGCCAAGCUGGGCGACUUCGGGCUGGCGCGGAUGGUGGACCACCAGAAGACGGCGGCCACGACGCAGGUCGCGGGCACCUACGGCUACAUCGCGCCCGAGGCGCCGUUCCAGGGGAAGUUCACGGUCAAGACGGACGUAUACGCGUUCGGGGCGGUGGCGCUGGAGAUUGCGUGCGGCCGGCGGGCCUUCGACAACGGACUGCCGGUCGAGCGCAUGAUCCUGCUGGACUACGUGUGGAGCAGUCUGAGCCGAGGGCAGCUCAUGUCGAUCGUCGACCGGCGGCUCGAGGGCCAAUUCGACGAGUCCGAGAUCACUCUCGUGCUGCUGCUGGGGCUCAUCUGCUCGCACCCCGAUCCCUCCUGCCGCCCGUCCAUGCGGCAAGUCAUCCAGAUUCUGUCCGGGGACGUGCCCAUGGUUCCCGUUCCCGCCUCGAAGCCUGCUCCCAUGUACUCGUCGGACUUGCCUCAGAUUCAUUAUCAGAACCUUCUGAAGACGACAUCGUUCAGCUCUUCCAGCACCAGCAGCGACAGCAGCGGCAGCAGUCGGAGCUCCCCGAAACUCCCUCCGGCCCCGUCGUCCACUAACUCGGCUCCCCUGCUCGGCCUUUGA